AUCUAUCGAAAACCUUUCACGCAGCAGUCUACUGACCUAUCGACAAAAUGGCGCGCCGUUCCAAGUACCGACCUCGAAAGAAUAAUGUCUACCAAGACUCACCACUCCUUGAUCUCCCAGGAGAAACCCGAAUGCUCAUAUACGAAGCUGCGCUCGUGCGUGCGGAUCCAAUUGACUUGUUCCCCCGCAAAUACAUCGAAAAACCAGAAGACAACCCAGGCCUUGCCAAAAGGAAAGCCAAAGCGGUUGAUGAAGCUCCCCCACUCAGUACAUACAACCGUGACAAUCAUGAACCCAAAUUCCGAGACCAAAAAGAUCUUCAGUAUGUUCGCAAAGAAAUGGCCACUGGACUCAUGGCCACCUGCAAGCAAAUCCAGUGGGAAGCUGGCCAUCUCUUCUGGACUCAGAACACAUUCCGCUUUUCGAGCGACAUGGAAUGGAACGGUUGCCGGCGCUUCUUUACCGCCAUCGGACCUCGAGCGCUAUCAUUGAUCCGAAAAUUAGAGGUGUUCCUGCCGCUAGAAGGCUCACGCGGUCUUCAGGCCACCGAGGAGUUCGAGUUUGAGGACAUAGAACGAGCCAAGAACCAUCCCAAGAUGCACAUGGGGAAAGCGCCCAAGGACAACAGGUCUUGGUAUGUAGACAUGACUACGACGAACGUUGAACAUGUUUGUCAAUUGCUGGACGAGUGGAAGAUGUCGCUGGAGCUGCGCCUCAUUUUACCCAGUGGAUUCAGGUUGCUUCUCGAGGACGAUGAGGACUUUCUAUAUAUCCCGAAAAGCCUGAAGAUUGGACCGCGAUUCUCGGGAAUGACACUCGUAGUCGAGGCCGGCGCGUUCUUGGACGGAGAGAAGCUCCCGAAGAGGCUUGCCGAAGAGUACGAGAUGAACAUUGUUUGUUUGCCCGGGAGCUCCUGGAAAUAUAGCACAAAUGCAACCGAUGCCGAGUCAAUAGUCCUGGAAACAAAGCGCUGGACCAACCCGCGCCCCGACUUGGACUAUCUCUCCGGUAUAGAACUACUUUUGAAGGAGGAAGAGGAUGUUUCCGUAGCUGGUCUAGGCGGACGGGCAACGAAAACCCCGGGGAAGCUUAACACGUCGCGAGUACUAAAACAAUUCGGUGGUUGUCGAUUCGUGCGUCGGACUGGAUUGGAUUGCCAUAAUUGCGGCGCGACGCUGGUCGUUACUGGUAAAUCUGGUCCGGCAUCACGCGGGGUCUGUAACCGUUGUGGGCUCAAUACAUAUUUCGAGGAAAGGGAUGUCAUUGAGGUGAAAAAAGUGGCGAGGGCGCAUCAGCAGGGCUUUACUAGCGACAAUGCUCUCUACUCCCACUGGCGAGCGAGUUGAGGGUUUCAGCGUUGAAACUAUGACUAAGAAAGGGCUAGAUAACUACAUAUAUAUCUUAUUAAUUAGAGAAGCGA